ACACACACACACACACGGAACGCUGAGGAACCACCGCAGGAACCCCCGCACCUUCAUCAUCAUCAUCAUGCGCAAACUGGAACCAGCAGCAGCACAUCUGCAGUGAACUGGAGCAGGAUUUACCCCCGCAGCCGCCGCGAUGCCCUCCCAGUGGAAUUUAGGACGGGUUUAAAGGAGACUACUGGGACCAGCUGCAGAGGAACCGAGCUGCUUCAUCAUGGCCGGUCAGGAGUGGAGGGACUGGUUCGAACGGGAGGAACUGAUCGGUCAGAUCAGCGACAUCCGAGUGCAGAACCUGCAAGUGGAGAGAGAGGUGGUUCAGAAGCGGACCUUCACACGGUGGAUGAAUCUGCAUCUGGAGAAGUGUAACCCUCCACUGGUGGUGCAGGAUCUUUUCCGUGACAUCAAGGAUGGACGGGUUCUGAUGGCGCUGUUGGAGGAGCUGUCCGGAUCCAGACUGCUGCAUGAAUUCAAGCCGUCGUCACAUCGGAUUUUCCGCCUCAAUAACAUCGCCCGAGUGUUGAGAUUCCUGGAGGAACGGAAUGUGAAGCUGGUGAGCAUCGACGCCUCAGACGUUGCAGACGGAAACCCGUCCAUCGUGCUCGGCCUCAUCUGGAACAUCAUCCUGUUCUUCCAGAUCAAAGAGCUGACGGGAAACAUAAGGAACCAGUUCCCGUCUACGUCCAGCCUCUCGUCCAUCCCCAACAGCUCGGACUCGGACGUGUCGCAGUCCAGCACGCCGUCGGACGACAGGAAGCCCUCGGUCAGCGUCAGAGAUCACGGCAGAGCCAUAAAGACCCUCCUGCAGUGGGUCCAGAAGCGCACCAAAAAGUACGGCGUGGCCGUCCACGAUUUCGGCAAAAGCUGGGCGAGCGGUCUGGCUUUCCUGGCGGUCAUCAAGUCCAUCGACCCGAGUCUGGUGGACAUGAGCAGAGCGAUGCUCCAGUCGCCCAGAGAGAACAUCGAGGAGGCCUUCAGGACGGCGCAUUACAGCCUGGGCAUCGCACGACUCCUGGAGCCUGAAGACGUGACUCUGAGUCCGCCCGACCAGCAGUCCAUAAUGACGUACGUUUCCCAGUUCCUGGAGCACUUCCCAGGCAUCGAGGAGGACGAGCCUUCGGAUUUCCGGGAGAGGAGUAAGGUCAGUCCGCGUUCGACCGAGCCUCCGUUUAGGACUGGAAAUCAGAGAAAGAGGGAAAAGUCAGUGGUGAAAAGGGACUGGGUUCAACCUCCGCCGAAGAUCUUUAUCAGCUCAGUGGCUGAAGAGCGAGAACGCAAACGCCCCCCCGUACGGACCAGAGUCAGCGAGGACAGGCCGUGGGACAGCGAGGACUCUUCGAUGGGUUCAAGCCCCAGUAUUACCGAAACUCAUCCCUUGAGUCGACCCCUAAGCCUGAAGAAAGAGGCGUCUUCCAGUCCCAGCUCUUCUCAGCCUCAAUCUCUGAUCGACUCUGCCGUGGAUUCUGCAGACUCAUGGGCCGACACGGCCAGCAAAGUCCCUCAAUCCUGCAGCGUGGACUCUCUGAAGGAUGUCUCCUCGCCCGGUGAUCUGACCUCACUGGGGUCACCGCUGGAUUCAGAGAUAGUCUCGCAGGAAUCAUUCGUUGAUGACGGAAACUUCUCGCUCAGCUUAGAACCUUCCGCCUUACUUUCUGAGGAAGAGGAUGCCUAUAGGUACAUCCUAGAUCUCAAAGAGGACGAGUCUCCCAGUGAUCUGCCCAGUGAGGAUCUCACUAACAAGUCGAACGUACAGGAAACCAGUCCUGAGAAUCCGCAAAUGAGCAAACCCACACCAUCCUACGGUGACUACGACUCUGGAUUCUUUCCUGACCAGAAGGAGGGCAUCCUCACAACCCAGACAGACGAUGUUAGCGAGGCUCCUCCAGAACUUCCUCUUGAGGAAGAUGCCUCACAGGAUCAGGCUGAACGAUUUGAAGAAGCGUCCGGCGCUGAAGUCUCAACCGAAGCAAAUAACACGUCAGUGUUCGACGAUGACGCGGAGUAUCAUGUUGUUCAGUACGAGAGGAUUUCCAUAUCCGGAAGUGAAGAGGACACUGAUGAUCUUUGUGCAGAGCUGGAUGAAGAAGCUUAUCCUGAAGAAACAUCUAUUUCAGAUUGUUUCGGUGCUGAUACGAGCGCAAAGGAUGUCGACCCACAUGAAGACUACGCAGAGAAACUUCCAAGUCUCAAGGAGAUUGACGACAUCGAUCAGAUCAUGCAGGACCAACUGGAAUAUUCUCCAGAGCCAGAGCUGGACUAUCUAGAACCAGGACAUGAAACAGAUGAGGUCUGUACUGAGCUUGAGCUUCCGCAGACCUCAUCUGAUCCUCUGAUCUCCACAAACACCAGUCAGCCUGGAACUGCAGAAAUCGAUUCCGUAAUCCAGAAAGAUGAAGCAGAGCAGAUAUUUACCGAACGUCCUGAAAUCUCUGAAAGGUCAGGAACAGCUGAAACUGAGGCAGAGAUUCAGGUGGAAGUAGAGCAACCUUCUAGUAUUGGGAUUCCGGACAGGAUUCAAGAGCCAGUAUUGGAAGAUCUUGGUGAAAUCAACCAGAAAGAUGACAAACUUGAAGAGACCAGUGUUAGCAAACCGAUAGUGUCUGAAAACCUAAAGAACCAGUCUGAUCCAUUUCCCGAAGAUGGCGAGAACAUCAUCGGCCAUGAAGAACCAAGUCAGCUGGUAGCCACAGCAAGCAUGUUGGACGAUUCCCUGAAUGGGCUUGAGAAUAAACCAAUUGUGAUUGAAGAAGGGCAUCAAGAUGCCAUCAUCCAUACGGAUGAGCCCCAGACCAAUACCCAACCUCCCAGUCCCUCAACCCUUACCAAACCAGAACCUAAGGCUGAAGAAAGUGAGCUGUUACUCAGUCUGUCUACGUCUAGCAUGGAAGACCAGCUCAGAGACAAAGAGCCAGAACCUGUGGCUGAAGAACCUCAACAGGUUCUUAGUCCACUAUUUACCAAGAGCAUGGAAGACCAGCCCAGAGACAAAGAUCCAGAACCUGUGGCUGAAGAAAAUGAGCAGCUCCUCAGUUUGUCUUUGUCUAGCAUGAAAGACCAGCCCAGAGAUGAUAAGCUGGAACUUGUGGCUGAAGAAAAUAACCUGGUCCUCAGUCCAUCUACGUCUAGCAUGGAAGACCAGGCCAGAGAUGACGAGCCUGAACCUCCGGCUGAAGAAAACGAGCAGCCCCCCAGUCCAUCGUUCCCUGAAAGGUCCGGCCUUUUCACUGACGAUGAGAAUGAAGAACAGGAGGACUCGAAGACGUUUCCGGCUCUUGACAGGAUGGACAGGAACCGUGCGGAGCUCCGGCUGGCUCUCAGCGUGACUCCUCUGCAGCCUGCACCGGCGCAACCUGCCCUCACGGAGCAAUCGUCGCAGGAUAAGGUCGAUGAGGGGGGCGUCGAGUCUCCCAUGCAGAGCCCGUUCGGGUUAUGGGUCUCUCCCUCGGGAGACUGGGGCGCGGUGGAGACGGACCAGGCCGCCAACGUCUCCGAACUGAAUAAAAGAAACAAAAAGCAGGAUAAUUCUUCUCCCGCCGCCGUUCCGGCUCCUUCUUCUGCUCCGGAGGCGUCUCCUGCUUCUAAACCUGCUCCUGCAUCCGUUCCUCCUCCUGCCCCCAUAUCAGCAUCGCCUGAGACUCCUGCUCCAGCUCCGGCUCCGGCUCCGACUCCUGUUCCAGUUCCCACAGCCAGAAAAAAAGCGGUCACACCAAGUCCUAAAACGGAAGAAGCCGUCAGUGAAAGCACUGGAGAUAAAAAACAGCCAUCCACAAAUCUGGAGGUGCAAAAGGUGCCCGAAGCGAAGCAGGAAAAGAAAGAAAACGGGGUAAGCCCAGCAGCGAUCCCGAAACACGACGAGAGUGUGUGUGUGAAGUGUAACAGGAAGGUGAGCAGCUGUAAACAGAGAACAGAUAACACGUAUCAGCCGCUGUUAUCAGACAUGGACCUGCUGCUUAUCAUGUGGCUCCUGGUCUUUCUUCUGCUGGUCCUGCCACACAUGGAUCUGUGGGAUAUUCCGCGUGUCCUCUUUAAUAUGGACAAAUGAGCUCGGGACUCAUGAUUAACACCAGGUUCUUCUGCUCACCACCAACCAUGAACACUUUUGGGGGAGCCCAGAGCACGGUUGCCAUAUCUGAUGCAGACUGGUUGGCAUUGAGGUUUGUGACUGUUGGUGAACUGACGGGUUGCCAGGUUUACACUAAUCCCCACUGCUCUCCACACGCGGCAUCUUCUGGACACGAAUGUUUUAAGAAUUUAAUAUUUUAUUAAGGAGAUGAUAAUUAUUAAUAAGAUUUUAAGAAUGUUUAUGGAUGUUUUAUGUUUUUAAUAUGCUAAUGCCAAUUAUGCUGUAUGAUGGUAACAGUUUUUGGACUUGUUAUAAUGUUUACACCACAAUUGCUUACAAGUUGCAACUAAACAUGUGCCAAAAUGUACAUGAUACUACAUUAACCAUACUGUAAUUACACUGUAAAUACACUGCACUUCAUCUGGA